UGCUUCUUGGUACUUCCUCUCUGGCGGACUUAGCUGACAGCACCCAGACCUGGGGCUGGGACCCUGGAACUGGGGCUGACCUGGGGAUAAGCUGCGCCACUCUGCCCUGACCUUGGGAUUGGCACCAGCUUCCAACCGGUACCCGGCAAAGCCUGGAAGUCCUUGCAGUGGCCACGGACACUACAUCUGGGGCAGUACCUCUUCACUAGGUGUCAUGUUCAUCAUUCCCUUGACUAUCGUCAUACUGUCAGUGGCGCUGGCUGUGGGGCUUCCUGGUAACAGCUUUGUGGUGUGGAGCAUCCUGGUAAAGAUGCGAAAGCGCUCUGUCACAGCCUUGCUCGUGCUGAACCUGGCCCUGGCGGACUUGGCUGUAUUGUUCACUGCCCCCUUUUUCCUGUACUCUGUGGCCCGCAGCACCUGGGUGUUUGGACUGGUUGGCUGCCGCCUGUUUCACUAUACCUGCGGAGUCAGCAUGUACGCCAGUGUCCUGCUGAUCACGGUCAUGAGUCUGGACCGCUCGCUGGCGGUGGCCCUCCCCUUUGUGUCCCAGAAGUUUCGUACCAAGGCCGUUGCCUGGUGGGUGCUAGCAAGCAUCUGGGUGAUGUCCCUUCUGCUGGCCACACCCGUCAUCAUGUACCGCACACUGAACAACCAGACCCUGUGCUUCCUGAAGUACUCCAGCGAACGAGCCAAGGCAUUCCAUCUGCUCUUCGAGGCCUUCACCGGCUUCCUGCUGCCCUUCCUGGUGGUGGUGGUCAGCUAUUCGUACAUCAGGCGCAGGCUGCAGGCCCGGCGCUUCCGCCGCAGGCGCCGCACCGGCCGCCUGGUGGCGCUCAUCAUCCUGGCCUUCGCCGCCUUCUGGCUGCCCUACCACGUGGUGAACCUGGCCGAGGCCGGCCGGGCGCUGGCGGGCACGGGGCCGGGGCCGGAGCCGAGGGGAGACCCGCUGCUCCUGGCGCGCUAUGUGUUCAUCGCGCUGGCCUUCCUGAGCAGCAGCGUGAACCCCGUGCUGUACGCGUGCGCCGGCGGCGGCCUGCUGCGCUCGGCCGGCGUGGGCUUCGUGGCCAAGCUGUUGGAGGGCACCGGCUCCGAGGCGUCCAGCGCCCGCCGCGGGGGCACCCUGGGCCAGACGGUGAGGGGCGCCCCCGCCCCUUCCGAGACCGGCCCCUCCGAGAGCCUCGCGGACUCCAUCGACGCUCUCCAGUGAAGCGAACUGAACUAGGCCUGGAGGUUGCUGGUGGAAGGACGCUGGCUGUCCUCGCGGCUCGGCCGAAUGCUCCCCACGUUGGCCUGACCCAGUUUACCCCGAGGCGGAGGCGGAGGAGAACCGCGAGGAGGGUGGAGCGGAAGAGGGAGGGGCGGGGCAGGUAAGGGCAGAGUGAAAGCCCGGUAGCAGCUUUGCAAUUAAAACUGGUCUCACGUUGGGUCAGCCCUGUGUGUGGGGCGCGCGCAUUAGGGGCGAGAGGCGUGCCCCGGCGCGCUCUUGCGGCGGUGGGGGUGGGGGGGUGAGGUCAUUCUCAACAGUUGAGAGGCACUUCCUUUAGUUUCCCGUGAUUUUCGGUUUGGGAAGGGACACAAAGAUAGAGAACCCAGAACCCUCUCUCCUGCCCCAUUCUGAGGCAGGUGCUCUGCAGGUAAUACUUAGAGCAACACAGGGCUACAGACCCCUUUAGGAGCUGACCAAGGAAGGCCACUCAUGUGGCUUAUCACUCCAGACUCCCUGAAUUAGCAGAUGUUAUGAGUACACAUAGCACUGCUGUGGGAGCUCUACCCUGAAGCUUGUGAUAGGUAUCACUGUUACCAUGACUCCAACUUCCUGCUACUCAUCUUUGUCCUUUCAGUGGGCAAUGUUCUAAGGGGACGCCUCCCUUCCCUCCAUCUCCCAAGGAGGUCUCCCCUGAAAACAAAGUCAUCAGGUUUGGGCCCUGGAAUUCUGCACGUCAGCUUUCUGCCAGCACCCAAAAUACACUCUGAUGCCCUCUGUGACCCUGGUCACUCUUAGGAAAUUAAGAUUCCCACAAGUGAGAGGGUUAAGUCAUUCUUUCUGAGGGAUGACUGUUUUAGAGAGCCUCAGACUGGCUCUGUCCCAACAGCAUUUUAGGAAGAUGGUAGCAGAAGUGGCUGCAGAGUACUUUUUUGAAUCUCUCCCAUAAAGAAAGAGCAACUAGGAGAAAAACCAAGAAUCCAUGUGCAACAUCUGUAACAAACCUAGGGUGUCAAGAUAUCGCUCACAGACCCCCAAAUUUGAGCAGGCAGGAACGAACCAAGGAUGCUUCAAGACCCCCAUAAUAUCAGCACCUGCACAGAAGGAUGCAGAAGGAAGCAAGAGGGCAUCUGAGGGACCUGAGAACAAGAGAAUCCCAAAACUGUCUACAGGUCUUGGCUGGAAAGCAUGGGUCAAUCUGACAGCAGCAGCUGAAAACAGGGAGGGACCUGACAGAUCAUUUCCCAAGCCUCUCGCGCCCAUGCUGCCUAGGAAGCACAGAGUAAGUGCUUACUUAGUGUUUAUUGAAUGAAUAAAGGUCAAAUGACACUUUCCUAGCCA